AUGGUCGUCUACUUUAUGAAAACUUAUCGUUCACAGUACCACCAACUGCGAUUGUUGGUAUCGUUGGUCCAAACGGUGCAGGCGAACAGCAACCUGAUACCGGUACAGUUGUAUUGGAUUCGUGACACUUUAGAUAACAAUAAAACAGUUUGGGAAGAAGUUUCUGGCGGUUUAGAUAUCUUAAGAAUUGGCGAAUACGAGAUCGCAUCUCGUGCCUAUAUCGGUCGCUUUAACUUUAAAGGUCAAGAUCAGCAAAAACGUGUUGGUGAAUUGUCAGGGGGUGAACGUAACCGUUUACAACUUGCGAAGAUCCUUCAGAUGGGUGCCAAUGUGAUCUUACUGGAUGAGCCAUCAAACGACUUGGAUAUUGAAACUUUACGUGCGCUAGAGGAUGCAAUUCUUGUAUUCCCUGGCACUGUCAUGGUGGUAUCGCAUGACCGUUGGUUCCUUGACCGUAUUGCUACACAUAUCUUGUCGUUUGAAAAUGAACAGCCAGAAUUCUACGAAGGUAACUAUGCUGAAUAUGAAGCAUAUCGUUUAGCGCGUUUGGGCGAUGCAGCUGUGCAAAAACGUACCAAAUACAAAAAAAUUGGUGGUUAA